AUGUUGUGUGGUCGGCUUAAUGAGGCGAGCGCGGAAGUGAGGCAGGCCGAAUUAUUAAAGCCGGAACGCAGCGGUAACCUCGCGUGGCGAGGCGUCUCAGGAAGCUGCGCACUUCCGACCGGAAGUCGCUCUUGGAGACGGAAGGCGUCAUUUCCUAUCGGCCUCAACGUUCGACUUGCAAAUGCAUGGCGCGAGGAAAAGGUCCGGUUGUUCCUGCCU